CGGCUCUUUGACCGUUGACCCCGUGGCUGUCCUCCCGCCGUGCAGUGCGGCAGCCGCUCACACUCACAGAGGGCGUCAGCGGACAAGGGAAAACCUGAGACGUUAGGUUAGUCUGCGGCACCGCCCCUCACUGUCCUGCCAAGAUGCUGCCUCAACGUUUAUUGCGUCUCUCCACCGCACUGAGAUUUGCCAUCUCUACUCAUCUUCAGAGAAACAUUGGGUCCACGGCUGUCCUGUUCAAUACGACCGUCGACCCCAUCAAGAAACUCUACGUGGAUAAAAUCCGAGAAUUCGACAGCAAGAGCAAGAAAGCCGGUGCUCCUGCAGAUGCAGGUCCAGAGUACCAGAAGAUGAUGAACGACGAGAUUGCCAAACUGCAGCGACUGUACGGAGGAGGUGACCUGCUCGCAUUCCCAGAAUUUACCUUCCAGGAACCCAAAUUGGAAGAAACCGGGAAGUGAUUGGUCACCUGCCUGUAAUGCAAAGGAAUUUUGUUUAUUGUGGUGUUACCCAGACUCUUGAAUUAUAACGUAAUAAAUUCUAUUCAAAUUAAAAAA